UUGACCUUGUUUCGCUUCAACAUUUUCGUCACCAGCGCGCCGGCAUCUUGUCAAUCGUAAAAUUUUCACUUUUUGCGUUCGGGUUCCGUUUUAUCCGCGUGAAAAGUGUCCGUAAAUUAACCGGAGCGUCCGUAAAUUGGUCCGCGAUGGAGUCGUGCUGUCGCGCGUGUUCGCGGAGUGAUGAUUUCCGGCGGUUUUCGCUGUACGCGGUCGCUGAAGUGAGCCAGGAAGUGAUCGCCAACAUGAUUCGAGACACCAGUGACACUCAGGUUUCGACAGAAGACGGCUUACCACAACACAUCUGUCCCGAUUGCUUGAUGACACUUAGUUUGGCAUAUUCCUUUCGGAAGCAGUGUCGUCGCUCCGAAGCUAAGUUUCGUGAAUACUGGGGACGAAGAACACCAGCACAAUCAGUUGAUCAACAGCAGCAGCAACAACAUCAGAGCCAGCAGCAAAACCUUCCUCGUCGCUCACAAUCUCAAGUUCCGGAUGAUAGUUCCUUUGAGGCGGUCGCCACAAAUAUCAAAGAAGAGGUGGAUAUUUAUGAUUACGAAUACAGUGUUCCGUCUGUCCACGAUAACCAGUGGGUGAUUCAGAACCCCCGAACCAUUGGUGAAGGGGCGAUGACAGUAGUACACAACACCGGUGGACAGUACUACGACGAGGCGGCUACAUCUGGUGAGCCCGCAGGAGCACCUGAUCGUGAAGGCCAGGGUAUGAUUCACGCAAUGGACGAUGCACCGGAAAUGGGUGAAAGCUCAGGCCUUGGGCUGAAGGCAGGAGACAAAUUGAAGAAAAAUGUUCCCAACCCGGAACGUUACAGUCAGCGCAUCCGACGCCAGGAAAUCUCAUCAAGCAUGACCGGAUCAGCCCCCCGAUACUCGGAAACCGGCGACUGGGGUCGCUUUUCUGUUAGCGUAAUACCAGAGGCUUCGCUGCUGGCCAGCACAAGCGCGCCAGCAGUGGGCAGCAACCCAAGUCAGCAGCAACGUUGCCAGCAUUGCAAGAAGAAAAUGAAGAAACCCUACAAGCAUCGGAAUGGCAAGUGCCUGGAACCGAAGAACAAAUCAUCAUCACGACCAAAGUGCGCAUAUUGCCAUCAGACAUUCUCCAGUAGCAAAGGCAUACCAAGCCAUUUGCGAAACAGCUGUCGCGUGUAUCGCCAGGUGUGCGAAGCGAAGGGAAUAAAUAUCCCAGCUGCCGAACAAUCUUCGUCUCCAUAUGACACCUCUUCCGUUCCCAGUGAGACUCCGGAACCGGCUAGAACCAAGGCUCCACAAGUCGUAGUCCCCCCAGUGCUUAACGCAAAGCCAGCUACUUCCGAUCAAAAGUCAAAACCCAAACGUCCACAAACCACUGGAAUCUGGAACAUUGUAUGUCAGUAUUGUAACAGAAAAUUCCUGAAGAAAAGUGCCCUCAACAGGCACCUCCAAAAGCAGUGUUUAGUGUGGAUCCGCAGACGUACCGAGAGACUUUCCGCUAAGAAUGUGACUACAAGUGUACCGCUACCACUACCCGCACCAUCAUCUUCUUCGCUGGACGAUAAAAGUGCCAUCGUUAAGGAUCCAAUAGCACAGGUGAACCAGCGGCCUGUUGUCAUUGUGGAACAGUUAACCAAAUGCGUCUACUGUCAGCAGAGUGUCAGCAAGAAAACCCGUUUCCUUCAUCAUAAUGGUCGGUGCGUGCUGGGUCGAGUAAACGCCGAUCAUCAGUGUCCUCAUUGUCCGAAAGCAUUCGUGACUCGUAAUCUCCUGCUAAAACAUCGGUGUGAUCUUGUACAGAAGAAACAGAAAAAUAGUACAAAAGAGCCAGUGAAGACCAUUAGCAUGGAACCGGAACGAAAGCAACGAAGGCUGGCCAAACUCACACCGAAGCAGAUAGCACUAGUGAAGACGAAGACUCCAGUGAAGCACAACACAAGUAGAAAGGUUCUCGAAUUUCAGCAGGAAACCCCAACGAGCAUUGUGAAACGGGAGUUCUGUACACACUGUCGCCAACGCAUCCGGGACUCCGACCGACAGAAACACGCCGAGAAGCGAUGCUUCAACAACAAUGAAGUCAGCUACAACUGUGGGUACUGCCGGAAGGGUUUUUCCGCUCGGGAUUCCCUGAUAGAGCAUCAACGGAUCUGUACCGUCCGGAAGCAGCACAAACAGGUCAAGUGUCAGUUCUGCGGAUCGAUGAUCUCCAACCGGGGGAACCUGAAGAAGCAUCAGAAGGCCUACUGCAAAUCACUUUACAGUAACGGAAAUUGUGCAUUCCAGAAACAACCCGAAGAUGUCAAAUUGGAAAAAAUAGAAAAACCGGAUAAGACGGAAAAAUCGCAUAAGUUAGAAAAGCCACAAAAACUGGCUAAACCCAUAAAGUCUGAGAAACCCCUUAAGUUGAAAAAAGUCAAAAAUGAAGAGUUAGUCAAAAAGAAGAAAAAGAUCAAAAGGGAAAAAUCCAAUCAUUCGAAGAGCCCAGAUGACGAAAUGGAGAACAUUCCUCUAAAACAGCGAAAACUGCACAAACCUCUAAAGUCCAACGUCGCCAGAGCAAAAUCUUCGCUGAUCGAAAGCAAAAAGCCGAUGAGCAAACUAGCGAGUAGUAACAAGAAGUAUCCUAGCUUUCCCUGCGAGUACUGUAAGCUCAAAUUCGACACGGAGAGUCUGAUACGGAAGCACCUUCAGCGAUGUUCGGUGAAACGAGACGCCGCUGCGAUCGUUUGUCAGCAUUGCUCGCAGCGAUUCUCCAGGCAAGGCAAUUUGGAUCGGCACUUGCGGUUGAAGUGCAAACUAAUUAAUCAGGAUAAUACUACUACUAAUAAAAGCAUCAACGAGUUGAAACGGCCGGAUACCGCAAAUUCUGUGAAUUCAACACUCGAAGAAAAUGAAGAACAAGAAGAGUCAAUGACAGAGCCAGCAGAUCAAGAGCAAUUGGACCUUCCAAGUGAAACUAAUGUAGGAAGAUUCACCGAACCUUCCAAGGAAAGCUGCCCAGAACCAGUCAGACCAAGCACCCCAAGUACAUCUGAGCAGACAGUACAAUCCCCAGUAGAAAUUCCUGCCGACCAACCACAGGAUUCUCCCAUGCUACACGAAGCUGUUGACGAAGUUCCAGAACCGGUUCAGGAGGAAAUAAUUCUGCAAGAUGAUCAGUUGCCUACGUCGGAGGACGAUAUGGAAGAAGUGGACGAGGAUGUCAUGAAUGAAACAGAUCCACCGGCGGAGGAAUCUGUUGAGCAACCAUCGGAAGUUCCUCCUGACGAGCACCCGCAAACGGACAACAAUAACGCUGAGCGAGAAAAGUCGUCAACUCCGGAAGUGAGGCUGCCCCAAUCUGUGACAGAUGAUGAAGAAACGACGGUGAUUGACAGUCAUGACUAUUCGCAUCGUACGGCAGAAGACGUCUUGUCGGAUUUUGAACAGGAACCGGCAUCGAUGGAACCUAUGCAGGUGGACCAUUCGGUAGGCUAAACCGUACAUCGUUGCGGACGAAACUGAUUUUACGAGACUUGCUUGCAUUUGUAUGUAUGUAUGGAAUUGUUUGGAAAUUGUACAUAGUGUCACCCUUGGAACGGCAUUGUUGAGGAAUGUUUGAUUGUGAAUAGACUAGAUAUACUAAGUGUAAUCCGCUCCCGAUUCUGGAGGCGUUUAUUCGGCAACAUACCAAGUAUUGAACCAAUUGUUAAACGAACACAGUUUAAUGUCACAUAGCAUUAAAACAGGGAGGUACCUAAUACAAAUAAAAUAGCGAUAUCGGAUGAAGUAAUCCAAUGUCGAAAAUCUA